AUGCCAGAUGCAAACGGACGGCGAUCUCUCACACCGGAUCUGAAUCCAUUCGAUGCAUUUAUCGGUCAAGGCGAUGAUCAAAGCGACGUUGGAGAACAAGAUGGUUUACAACGUAAUGGUUUAGUACCACAACAAUUACCCAGUAUCAUUGAUGAACGUGCCAUUGUACGAUAUUACAAGGAUCCCUACAAAACUCCGAUAAUCAUCUCGAGUGGACAUCAAGAACAAGCCCGACAAGGUACUUGGGAAGACUUCUUUGAUGUUGCUUUGGCAUUGGACGUAACUACGGGUUGUGGUGGAAAGAUUUGGCCAGCAGCUGAAGUGUUGGGACAGUAUAUCGCCUCGAAGCGUACUGGUGGCGAAUGGAAAGGCAAGCAAGCAGUCGAACUAGGUGCAGGAACAGGAUUGGUAGGAUUAUUGGCAGCACAGUUGGGAGAUUUGGAAAAAGUUUGGAUAACUGAUCAAAUCCCCAUGAUGAAAUUGAUGGCGCAGAAUUUGGACUUGAAUCCAGAUUUAAGAGAGCGAUGUAUCGUUGCAGAGCUUAAUUGGGGAGAAGCUGUUCCGGAAGAUGUAACCACACAUCCCGAUGUUCUUCUGCUGGCAGAUUGCGUUUACCUAGAAAUCGCUUUCCAACCUCUGGUAGACACAAUGGUGGAAAUGAGCACACCUCAAACGGAGAUCCUAUUCUGCUAUCAACAACGCAGGAAAGCCGACAAGAGAUUCUUCAAAAUGCUGCGAAAGCAUUUUACCUUUACCGACAUUGAAGAUGAUGACCCAGAACGAGCUAAACAAUACAAUAGACAAGGCACGCAUCUAUAUCGCGUACAAAAAAAGUGA